AUAAGGUGCGGAGGUGACCCAAUGGGGGUUGUGGGCUGUCUGCUGGGACUGGAGGAGAAGCGGCUGUACUCAGGGUUGGCCAAUUGAGGAGCAGCACAGGAGGGAGGAGCAGCCCUUGUUUCUGCUGGAAAGCAAGAGGGAGAUAGAGAGAGAGAGAGAGGGAGAGGAGAAAGCCAUCCACAAUGCGGGAAAUCGUGCACAUCCAGGCAGGACAAUGUGGAAAUCAGAUCGGUGCUAAGUUUUGGGAGGUGAUUAGCGAUGAACAUGGCAUUGAUCCCACUGGCAGCUACCACGGAGACAGCCAUCUUCAGCUGGAGAGAAUAAAUGUCUAUUACAAUGAAGCAGCAGGAAGCAAGUAUGUUCCCCGUGCUAUUCUGGUGGAUUUGGAGCCAGGCACAAUGGACUCUGUCAGAUCUGGACCUUUCGGGCAGAUUUUUAGACCUGACAAUUUUGUAUUCGGGCAGAGUGGUGCAGGUAACAACUGGGCAAAAGGCCACUACACAGAAGGAGCUGAGCUGGUCGACUCGGUGUUGGACGUGGUGCGAAAGGAAUCUGAGAGCUGUGACUGUCUGCAGGGAUUCCAACUGACCCAUUCCUUGGGCGGAGGCACUGGCUCUGGUAUGGGCACACUGCUCAUCAGCAAGAUCAGGGAGGAGUACCCCGACCGCAUCAUGAACACUUUCAGUGUCAUGCCGUCUCCCAAAGUGUCCGACACCGUCGUGGAGCCUUACAACGCCACCCUCUCGGUUCACCAGUUGGUGGAAAACACAGAUGAAACCUACUCCAUCGACAACGAGGCACUCUACGACAUCUGCUUCCGCACCUUGAAGCUCACCACCCCCACCUACGGCGAUCUCAACCAUCUGGUGUCGGCCACCAUGAGCGGAGUGACCACCUGCCUGCGCUUCCCGGGGCAGCUCAACGCAGACCUGCGCAAACUGGCGGUCAACAUGGUGCCUUUCCCCCGCCUGCACUUCUUCAUGCCAGGCUUCGCCCCGCUGACCAGCCGCGGGAGCCAGCAGUACCGAGCCCUCAGUGUGCCCGAGCUGACCCAGCAGAUGUUUGAUGCCAAGAACAUGAUGGCAGCUUGUGACCCACGCCACGGGCGCUACCUGACGGUGGCCGCCAUAUUCCGCGGCCGGAUGUCCAUGAAGGAGGUGGACGAGCAGAUGCUGAACGUGCAGAAUAAGAACAGCAGCUACUUUGUGGAGUGGAUCCCCAACAACGUCAAAACGGCCGUGUGUGACAUCCCGCCCCGCGGCCUCAAGAUGUCCGCCACCUUCAUCGGCAACAGCACGGCCAUCCAGGAGCUCUUCAAACGCAUCUCUGAGCAGUUCACUGCCAUGUUCCGCCGGAAAGCCUUCCUGCAUUGGUACACGGGUGAGGGCAUGGACGAGAUGGAGUUCACGGAGGCGGAAAGUAACAUGAACGAUCUGGUGUCUGAGUACCAGCAGUACCAGGAUGCCACUGCUGACGAACAAGGCGAAUUUGAAGAGGAGGAAGGCGAUGAUGAACCUUAA